AUGUUUCUCCCAGAUCCCAGCGCUACGAGCACAAGGCCCCCCAUCCAAAGGGGCGGCUAUGCGUACACCAAGGAACCCAGAGAGGAGCUUCCGAGCACAUUUAUACCUCCGUACGCAACGGUCAAAUUGACCUCCACACCCCUCCAAUACCUCUUCCUACAAUACAAGCGCCUCCGCUACAAGGCACGCAACGUAUUCGCGCUCUGUGUCUUCAAAUUGUCAUCCCCCGCCGACCCCAACGGCCGAUGGUAUAGCCGCACGGUGAAACUGCACGGCGGCCGCAUCACGCCCACGGCGCUGGCACUGCACAAGCAGAUGUACUCGGCUUUCGCGGAGGGGGAUUCCCAAACCCUGCGGAAAAUCUGCACGGAUGGGCUGUAUGAUAGUUUUAUGGCGCGGUUGGCGGCGCGGAGGAAGGGCGAGCAGGUCGUUUGGGAACUGGUGCAGUAUAAUAGGAGGGCGAAGAUGGUUAGUAAUAGGGCUGCCAGGUAUCCCAUUGAAGGGAGUGGGGUGAUGCAGGCGGUUGUUCGGAUUGAUUCUACGCAGAGAUUGACGAGGUUGGAUCAGGAUGGGGAGGUUAUUGGGGGGAGUGGGAAGGCGAAGGAUGCCGUGGAGUAUUUGGUGUUGCAGAAACAGUUCCAUAAGUGGACGGGUGCGGAAUGGAGGGUCUGGGGAACGGUCGAAGAGACGGAUUUGGAUACUUUGAGGGCGUGGGAGAAGGAUGAUGAUUAG